CCUUACUGUCUCCAAAAAAUAAACAUUAAUCUGAAAAACCUUAAACUAAGAUUCGAAAGAUCUAAGUGACAGGGAGAACGCAGUACAAUUUCCUUAAACUAACAGCUCUGACAUUAUUUUCAGUUAACCAGGGACCAACAAACUCUAAAAAUCCUGUGAUUUCACCUUCAUCCAAACACUCCCAUUCCUACUCCUUUCAUUCUUCCAAGAGUUGUACACCAAUAUAGCCACUUUUUUUUUUUCCUUUCAAUUUCUUCAACUCACCAACCCCAAUUUCUCAAACCCAAGGCCUCUGAGCUCCCCCUGCUUUUGUGUUCUGAGCAUUGAGAUCCUCCGGUACUGCAGAAAGUUAUUGUUGAUUAUCCUAGAGCAAGAUGAAGUUUGCAUGCGUCGUAGACAGAUGUUAUGGUUAUCAUAAUGGUCCGUGGAAGAGAUGCCUGUUGGGAACACUGUGUCCUGGUUGACGCAACUAAACAAAAGGUCAGAUGUAAUUAUUGUCAAAGGGAAUUCAGUGGAGGUGUAUACAGGAUGAAAUUUCACUUGGCUCAAAUUAAAAACAAAGAUAUUGUUCCAUGCACCGAAGUUCCAACUGAUGUACGAGACCAUAUUCAAAGUAUACUAAGUACACCCAAGAAACCAAAAACUCCCAAGAAACAUAAGGCAGAUCAAGCUGCUAUUUCAAAUGGUCAACAGAAUAGUUCGUCUGCUAGUGGUGGAUUGCACCAUAGCCAUGGGUAUAGUGGACAGAAUGGUAUUGCUUGUCCAUCUUUAUUAUUUCCACUUCCUUCGCCAUGUGCCCAGCCAAUAGUGGAUGAUGGCAAAAAGCAAAAGCAGGAUGAUGCUGAUAGAAAACUUGCCAUAUUUUUCUUCCAGAAUUCUAUUCCUUUUAGUGCUGCUAAAUCCAUGUAUUAUCAGGAUAUGGUGGACGCCAUAGCUCAGUGUGGGGUAGGCUAUAAAGCACCAACUUAUGAGAAAUUAAGGUCUACUCUUUUAGAAAAAGUGAAAGCUGAUAUUCACAAUGAUUAUAAAAAAUACAGGGAUGAGUGGAAAGAAACAGGCUGCACGGUCUUAUGUGAUAACUGGUCUGAUGGUAGGAUCGGAUCACUUGCUGUGUUUUCUGUUGCAUGCCCAAAAGGAACGUUGUUCUUGAAGUCGGUUGAUGUUUCAGGUCAUGAACAUGACAGUACUUACUUGUUUGAGCUUUUGGAGUCAGUUGUGCUGGAAGUUGGUUUAGAAAAUGUUGUUCAGGUUAUCACAGAUGCCAGUGCUGGCUAUGUUUGUGCUGGAAGGCUUCUCACAGCGAGGUAUAGUUUUUUGUUUUGGUCUCCUUGUGUCGCUUAUUGUAUAGAUAAGAUGUUAGAGGAUAUUGGUAGACAAGAUUGGGUUAGCACAGUCCUGGAAGAUGCAAAGACAAUCACACAGUACAUUUAUAGUCAUGCCUGGAUUCUGAAUAUAAUGAAAAAGUUUACAGGUGGAAAGGAAUUAAUCAGACCAAAAAUUACUAGAUUUGUCACUGAUUUCCUUUCCUUGAGAUCUAUAGUGAUGCAGGAGGAUAAUUUAAAGCACAUGUUUUCUCAUUCAGAAUGGUUGUCUUCCAUGUAUAGCAGACGUCCAGAUGCACAAGCCAUUAAGUCAUUGUUAUAUUCGGAUAGAUUUUGGAAGCAUGCGCAUGAAGCUGUGAGUGUUUCUGAGCCACUGGUUAAACUCCUAAGGAUGGUUGAUGGGGAUAUGCCUGCUAUGGGUUAUAUAUAUGAAGGAAUGGAGAGUGCAAAAGUUGUGAUCAAGGCCUAUUAUAAGGGAGUCGAAGAGAAAUACCUCCCAAUCUGGGAAAUUUUUGAUCAAAGAUGGAAUAUUAAACUUCCUUCAUCACUACAUGUUGCGGCUGCAUUUCUUAACCCUUCAAUUUCUUACAAUCCAAACUUGAAGAAAGAUUUGAGGAUGAGAAAUGGGUUUCAAGAAGCCAUGCUGAGGUUGGCAACUACAGAUAAAGAUAAAAUGGAAAUUACCAAAGAACUUCCUACUUACAUCAACGCCGAGGGUGCACUUGGGACUGACUUUGCUAUCUUGGGAAGAACACUGAAUGCCCCUGGGGACUGGUGGAAUAGUUAUGGUUAUGAAAUCCCAACGCUUCAGAAAGCUGCAAUGAGGAUACUUAGCCAACCUUGUAGUUCCCUUUGGUACAGAUGGAACUGGAGUACUUUCCAAAACAUACAUAAUAAAAAACAGAACAGGAUGAAGCUGGAAAAAUUUAGUGAUUUGGUUUUUGUGCAUUGCAAUCUUUGGUUAAAAACCAUUUUCCGACGUAGGGAAGCAAAAUCUGGGGCCGUUAUCUAUGAUGAAAUAGAUUGUAGCUGUGAAUGGCCCUCUGAGAUAGAAUGUUUGCCCCCACUUAUGGAUGAUUCGUGGUUGGACGAUCUUCCCCUUCAAUGCAGAGGAAGUCCUUAGCACUGUGAGGUAGGGACAAAAUUAAGCUAAUCGUGUGCUAUAAUUCUCUACAUUUAGAUAAUUGUUGAAAUUUGUUUAUAGAAAUGUACAGCUAAUCCCUUUACCUUUACUUUCUUUGUAUAAUAUAACUUCCAAAGCAGUUUAUUUCUCAUCCAUUGUAUUUUCUAAUGUACUUCUAUGUAUCUUUAUUACCAACUACUAUGAAGCCAAUCUCUUUUGGUUCGGAAUAAUCAAUAUUAUCUAUUUUGUUUUCGGUACUGUAAA